CUGAAGAGAACAAACACAGUCAUGGCACCUACAGUCAGUGCAGCGAUGAUCAACACCGAAGGACAAAUUUCACUCACAAAUAAGCUGAGAAAGCCAAUAAUACAGAAGGUCCGCAGAGAACGUAUCAACAGCAGCAUCGAGAAGCUCAAGUCUCUUCUGAGUGAAGAGUUCCUGAAGCAACAGCCCGACUCCAGACAGGAGAAAGCUGAAAUCCUGGAGAUGACGCUUGAUUUCUUGAGACGACAGCAGCAGAAGUCAAACAAUCUUUCCACCUGCUCUCCUACUGCUAGUGAGGGUUACUCCAGAUGUGUUCAGGAGAGCGUCAACUUUCUGUCUCAGUGUCAAGUGCAGACUCAGUCCCACAGAAGACUGCUGAAGCUCUUCCUCAACAUGCAGACGUCCACAAAGAAGAACACACGUGUCUCGUCUCAACUCAAUUCACAAGCCUGUCAGACCAACAGCACAGACAAACCUACAGCCUGCUGUCAACUAUGGAGACCCUGGCAGAAGCCACUUUGUUUUUAAUAGACAACAAUGUAAACAUCCAUGUGCAACUCUGUUAUAAGAGGACAUUGUAGAUCUCUUUCAAGAGAGAUUAUUCAUAAGUAUUCCUACAUUAGGAAAAAAAUUGUUUUUGCAAUGAGUAAAUCAUGCUUCCAUAGGGAAGCCUUCUGAAUAUGUGCUAUGUUAGCAAUGCUUAGAGGUUAUUAAAUAUCUCAUAAUGAGACGCAAUAUUUGUAUUUUAUAAAUACACACGUUUUCUAUGAAGAUUCACUGGAUCUUGUUUUUUGUAAAAUGGUUCUUCUUUGAAGAUUUUGUUGUAGAUUUAAUAUAAUCAAUUAUGGCUAAUAUAAAUGCUUUUAUAAAGACUAAUUAAGUCAAUUUGUGUUUUAAACAACUGUGAGAUUUGUCAGAAUAAUCAUGCACAACUGUAGUUAAUAUGACAGUAAGCCUAAAUGAAGAUGCUGAUAUCUGCACAUUGUAUGUGAAGAAAAUAAAAAUCAACUUUAA